UACUCCAAAUCCCCAAAUUCCAAGGAAAGAGAAAAUGGCUUCGAGAACCCUCUUCUUCUCCUUCUUCGUCUUCGUCCUCCUCCUCCCCGAGUUCGAAGCAUCGAUUACGUCAGCCCUAGGCGAGGGGAGGAGGAGCUCGACGUCGUCGUCGUCGUCCUCGUCUCCGGCGCCGGGGCCGCGGAACUCGACGGCGUUCAUCCGCGCGAGCUGCGGCGCGACGCUGUACCCGCGGCUCUGCUACGCGUCGCUCUCGACCUACGCGGACUCGGUCGCGGAGAGCCCCGUCGCGCUCGCGCGCCUCGCCUCGAACGUCACCGCCGCGCGCCUCCGCGCCCUCUCCGCCCGAGUCGCCGCCCUCCGCCGCCGCCGCGCCGCGCCGCCUCCUCGGGAGGCCGCGGCGCUGCGCGACUGCUGCGAGUCGGCGGGCGACGCCGCCGACCUCGCGCGCCGCGCCGGGGCGGAGCUCGCGCGUCUCGACGCCGGCGCGGCGGCGGCGGCGGCGGCGGGGUCGGGGGCGGCUUGGAGGGUCGCGAACGCGCAGACGUGGCUGAGCGCCGCGCUCACGAACGAGGACACUUGCGCGGACGGGUUCGACGCGGUGGCGCCGGGCCCCGGCUCGGCGAAGGGCGAGGUGCUCGCGCGCGUGCGCAGGGUCAAGCAGUACACCAGCAACGCCCUCGCCCUCGUCAACACCCUCGUCGCCGCCACCCACGGCCCCUGAGAUCGCAUCGCAUCGCAUCCCAUCCAUCCUUCCAUCGCUCUCCCCCGUCUGAUCUUAUCUCAACGGUUCGAUCGCCCUUAUACAUUCCGUAAUAAUUAAUGCUAAUUAAGGUAGUGUUGUUGAUACGAAAAUCGAUAUUCGAUAGUGAGUGUAUGGAUAGGGGAAAUGUUUCUCUUUUCCCAUGUUAUAUAUAUAUAUCUGAUGUAAGAGCUCUUUAAACAACUCGUCUUGUAGCUUUUUUUUUUUUUUUUUUUUUAAUCUUCUUUUUUCUUAUAUAUUUACUCUUUUUCUAUAGAUAAAAAAGCAAGCACUCAGAAUUUAUAUACAUAUAUAUACGUAGAGCUCACGAUUAUAAACGAUUUGUACGGCAAAAAAUUUUGCCUAUUAAACUGUACACAAUUCGAAUCCCGCAAUUACCGCCGUUGAA